AUGUCGACUCAGUCCCUCGACCAGCCUGGAUCUUCCAGCGCGUCGACGACGACACGCACAGCCAUGCGCCAGCACAAGCUCUCCGUCUCGGCACCCACCGCCGUCCCACGCCUCACAGGCACCGAACCGCUCCUCGAGACCAUGUCCGGUUCAGCCGGGCUCCUCGAGCAACUCAAACCCACCUUCACCUCUUCACAUCAUCUCCAAGCCAUCGUGCUUUCAGGGCGUCAGCUCCCGCUUCUCACAAAAGACGAAGCGAUCAUGCCGUACAUGUUCAACGCUGCGGGCGUCCGAUACGUCCAGCCGCAUCCGAGCGGGGACGCUUCCCAACGCAUCUUGCUUCUCAACAUCCCCGCCGACUCUCCUACGCCCGAGAUCAUCCUUUCGACCAUCGAAAAACACUCUCUGCAUCUCCUGCCCUCAUUCACCCUCUCUCUGGGGUACGACCACCUUUCGUCGGAUCAGAUCCUCGAAGCCCUCCUCCCCCAAUCUCUGGUUGCAGCAGACGGCGUGCCAUCCGGCUUCACCAUCGUCGGUCACAUUGCGCAUCUCAACCUCCUCCCCGUUUACACACCGUAUCGUUUCCUCGUUGGUCACAUCAUCCUCUCCAAACACGCCCCGCAUCUCCGCACGGUGGUCAACAAGCUCGAUAGCAUCGAUACCGAGUUUCGCUUUUUCAAGAUGGAACUUCUCGCGGGUGUUCCCGAGUACACCGCCCGGGUCAGCGAGAGCGAAUGCACGUUUGAAUUCGAUUUUCGAUCAGUGUAUUGGAAUUCGAGGUUGCAUGCGGAGCACGCGAGAUUGAUUAGGAGGUGUAGGGUGGGGCAGGUGUUGGGAGAUGUGAUGGCGGGCGUGGGACCGUUUGCCGUUCCUGCGGGGAAGAGGGGGACGUGGGUGAUUGCGAACGAUUUGAACCCGAGCAGUUUCGAGAGUCUGGAGAGGAACGCGCGGUUGAACAAGGUGUUGUUGGAUGACGAGGGUGGGAAGGGACCAGAGGGGCAGGGAGGGGUGGUGGCGAAGUGCAUGGAUGGGAGGGCGUUUGUAAGGUGGAGCAUGGAGGAGACGUGGAAGCGGGCGUUUGCGGGGCGGAUGAAGGGGUAUGAUGGGACUGAUGGGGAGAUGGAGGAUGAGCGAUUGCGGGAGGAUAUGCGCAAGCAGUUGAAGGUCAAGGCUAAGGCGAUGAGGGAGGUGCAUGCUGCAAAGCAAGCCGCGAAAACCAACUCCUUCACCACCGAGACCAACGAUACUGCGGACAAGCUGUCAAACCUCACCCUCGCCGCCCGCGCCCCUGAGCCGGCGCGGCACGAACCCCGUCGCCUGAUCGACCACUUCAUCCUCAACCUCCCCGCCACAGCCUUGGAGUUCCUCGACGCCUUCCGCGGGGCAUACACUCAUCUGGCCACCAUCGUCACGCCGACUGCGCUUGAAUCCGAGCUUUCCUUGCGCGCCUCGUCCGCAGAUCGAACCUUGACACCCACGCCCAUGAUCCACGUCCACUGCUUUAGCAAAGACCCCUUCACGCCCGCACUUGACAUUCUCAACCGGGCCAACUUCGCGCUCGGUAUCCCACCCGAUGCGUCGUUCAGGCUCAAAGCUCGACCCCUCCCACCGCCCACCCAAACCCUUGCAGGUCUCCGCAAGAGCGCUUCCACACAAGACGCCGAGGUGGGCAACUAUUUGACUUCUCACCCCAACUACAACACCUACAAGCAUCUCUCCACCAGCGACGAGUUCAUGUCGCAUGUCGAACACGAGUGGCACCGGAGGGAUGGUGGACAAGCAACAGCCGGGUUGGAGAUUCAUUACGUCCGAGACGUCGCACCUAACAAGCAGAUGUACUGCCUCAGCUUCCCCUGCCCUGUCGAGGUGCUCUGGGCCAAAGAGUGA